AUGACCCCACAGCGCAUUCCCGGGAUUCAAUCAGGCUCCAAUCUGUUCGAUUUUGUAGCAAUUGAGGAUCAACACGAUGUGGUUGACGCCUGGAGAGCUCAACAACAGAGCAUUACAGAGGUUUAUGCUUGUAUUCUACGCAUGGAUCGGGAGAAGCUUGAAUCCACCGAACAGGCUGGGAUCGAAGAAUUCUCUUUCCAGGUACUCUUGGCUGCUCUAGAUUUGGUACGGGCUCGUUGUGCAACCAGACUGAGGUGCUUCCCCAAAUCAAGGCAGAAAGAUCUCAUUUCAACAUGUCGUCAGCUGGCACUAAUGAUACCUCGAUCAUGCUUCACGGUGGGCGAUCAGGAAUGCCGUGCAACCCAGUUUUUGGCUGGAAUACGCUCUUUUCUCGAGCCAAGAUCUCAUUCAGUUCAGGACUCUAUUGAAACAUCAACAGAAAACACACAAGUCAUGCGGUCCAACAGAAUUCGCUCGAACAAGCGUCAGAAUCCCUCCUCUCAUAUGCAAUUCAAACGAUCAAUCUCGAUUGUCACCAUUGAGUCGGACUCAGAGGCUGGAAUGACGCCCGACGAGGCGCAGCAACUUUCACGACGAUCAAGUUUGCCUCGGGGACCCAAUAGCGGACUAGCGAAUGAUCAAAAUGGGGUGGUGCCUCGCAUUGAUGAAUUACUCGGAUCUGAAAUCGAGUCGAGCCCAGAAUACCUCUCUCCCACCCCUGCGCCUCGCCAGCAAAAGCGAAGACGAAGUGCCUACGAUCAAGUAAUUGCUGAUCUUCAAGAAAAGGUCAAGGAAAAGGACCGGAUGAUCAAAGAGAGGGAGAAGAAAAUACACUUUCUCCACAAAUUCAUCUCUGUUAGAACCGGAAUGAAUGAAGCAGACCUGCUCUUGGCAGAAAAGCGUGUUUUGGUCAUGGGUCAAACAUACAAAUGUGCGUGGACUACGGCGAGCGGCGCACGCCUUGUGGACAAUGGUACCAGAGGUCGCUGA